UGAUAGGUUGAUAAAUUACCCAAUUGUUGGUACGUUUUAGUUUAAAUUUAAACUGUAAAGCUCAAAUCAUAUUAUUAUAUUUUAAAAAGCCAGCCUUUGAAUUACAGCAGAAAAGUUAAGAGAUAAAGAAAAUGGCAUGUGAAGCAGGCAAUGGACAGUUUAAAAACUGGGCCAAAGUCUAUGAAAAAGAUGUGGCAGAAAGUAUAAAGAAAUACCAAGUACUGAAAGAUUUAGAUUUGUUUGUCCUAGACAACUCAAUAAGAGAGAGCACAGUUGGUCAGCUUAGAGGUCACACCAUUGAAAACAAGUGGAAAGUUUAUGACGAAGUUAAAAAAUGUGGAUUUAAGCAUACAAUAGUUGCCUCCUUCAACCACAGUACUCGUGUAGAUGAUGUCUUUAUCAAACAGCUCGUUGACAAAGGAGAGGACCCUGCAGGCCUUUGGGCUUUCUCAGAAAUAACUGAAGCAAUAAAGGGGAAAGUUCCUGACACUGAAAGCGUACCUGUAGGUUUACGGAAAAUGAAAGAAGCUGGUCUGUAUAACGUUAUCUUCGAACUCGACCUUGGAGAUUCUACGUACGAUUUUGACAGAUUCAGAACAGAAGAGAUUUGCGCAUUGCUUAAAAAAUGGGUUGACUGGGUUUUUGAAAAUUUGAGUAAAGAGGCAAAGGUAUUCAUUAGCUUCAGAGACCUUCCGGAUGCUAUGCCAACUGAUUCCGACAGAGUUUUUGAAGUUACUGAUUUCCUAUGUAAACUACCAUUAUUUGGUCUGAUGUUUGAGGAACCAAGAGGGCAAUCUCUUCCAGAGGAAUGUGGCACCUGGGCAAAACAUAUAAGAAAGGUCAUGGAAGCCAAUCAUUUCAAAGGUCAUCUCUUGGUUCAUGUUCACGAGAAAUUUGGUUACUGUGAUGCUGUAGCUUUGCAGGUACUAAUGGAUGGAGCAGAUGGAAUUUGGGCCAGUGUUAUAAAAGAAGGCGCUGCCAUGGGAAAUGCACCAUCUAUUGUAACAAUACUUAAUCUAAUAAGAAUGGGAAACAAAAAAGUGCUGAAAAAGUUUAACUGCACGUACCUCCGAAAGGCAGCAAUUAACAUGACCAGAAUUACCACUGGAGUUGAUCCUCAUGUCAAACAGCCUGUAUAUGGAGCACGUGCCCUCGACUUCGUUUUUGAUUUGAAUCCUGAAGAAUUUGAUUUUGCCGACUUUUUCGACGAAAAAGCUCCUAUUCGAAUAACCACUCUUUCGUCAGCAGAAAUGGUUCAAACUAAGUUAGUCAAUUAUUUUGGCGAGAACGAAGACUUUACUAUAGAACGUGCCAACCUUAUGAAGGAAGUCAUGCUAAAAGAUUUACGGGGGAACAGGAAAGAAGAGUAUAUGAGUAAAUGUGGAUUGGCAGUUUUGUACGACCGUUCUGGGGGGAAAACUCACUGAUGAAAUAAGAGACGAAAUUGCCAACGAUCCAGUGAAGACACCACAUGGACAAAACCUACUCAAAGAAGUCCGUGAAAGAUGGGACGAAUGGGAUCUGAAAGAUAAAGUUCAAGGUGAUAACCUCUUGGAUUUCGAUUCCUUUUACAAUGGUUUCAUGUCCGCUUAUUUUGCCUGUUACAGAUGUAACGAUACUAAAAAAGCGUUGCAGGCCCUCGAUAUGGAUUCCGACAACUCCGUUGAUUGGACGGAAUUCUGCAUCUUUUUAAAAUGGGCAAUAAAGCAAUAUCCUAAAACAAUUCACACUGCAGAUGAUUUGCUCGAAGUAGCCUUCCGAAAAGGGUUAAUUCCUUGCAUGAGAGAUGAAAUGGUUGUCAGAAGGUGAAAACAAAAACUAUAUUGUAUUGUUUUUUUUAAAUCAACAGCAACUUGUAUUUGAAAUAAUCCGCUUUUUAUGUAAUGUAGCAAAUUUUAUAUAUAUACAUAAAAUGUAUUUACUUGCAACUGCUUAUAAUAUACUCAUUUGAUGUCUAAAUGUCUAAUAUUGGUGGCAAAAAUGUGAUUAUUUCAACAAUGUAGAUAUAUAAAAAUCCAUCCGUUUGUGAUCAGAAAACUGUCUGUUAUUAUAAAGUAAAUAUAAGAGAAAACGUAAGAUGAACAUGCACAUAAAGUCAAUGAAACAUCCUGACGAGGAUCACAUUUGAAAAAAUUAAUGCAAACAAUUUUGCUCGCCUGGCGACAUUUCUGUAAUAUUGUUAUUGUAUCUAGGAUUUGCACAUUUAGUAUAACUUAAUUUUGAAUAAAGAUGUUUAUAUAGCGUA